CAUCAGUUUUCGUAGUUUAUCAAGAUAAUUUAUCGAAAUAAUAGUUCAAUAUAGAAUUCAUCGAUUGAAUGAAAAUUACCAGCUAAAACAACGUUUUUUUUAAAUAAAUCUAUAACACUGGCCCAAAGAAUAAUACUAAAAUGAAUUGUUUACAAAGAGGGAUACUGUUGUCUUGUGUUUUCGCGAUCCUGGUCGACGGACAACGGUUAAGACAACAUGGCGCGCACCCCCGAAGAGGCAACCAGGGAGGCGCAGCGAGGAGGGGAAUGGAUAUGCACGGAGCAACAGCGGGAGGCGCGGGUUUAGAACCGUCUGGAAUGGGAGCGGACCCGGGAGGCGCUGGAUUUGAUAUGCACGGACCAGCGGGGGCAGGGGCAGGAAUAGAUCCGUCUGGGGCGGCUGGAGCGCCGGGAGUCGGGGGAGCAGCCGGACUUAACCCUAUGGGAGUCGGACGUCCGAUUGUACCAGGCAUGACGGCUGCUUACGUCUCGGAUCUUAUGAACGGCCUACCCGGACCGGUUCCGAUGGACAUCGCACAGGAAGCGUAUGCUAUGUCCCUCAUGGGCAUAACCGCAGACCAGAUUUCCGACACCCUGGGAGACAGGAUGCAGCAGCGCCAAGCCAUGGCGAGGAUGCAAGCGGCAGCGGCCGCGCUUGGAUAGCCGGUUAUUUAGAGUGAGGGAUCGGCUAUUGUAACUGUUGUUAGUUGUGGCUGACGAGAAUGCCUUCGAUGAUAUGCAUGAUUAUGAUCAUUGUCAUAAUAAUCAUGUUAUUGUUAUGUUAAAAUAAUGAUGAAAUGAUGAUCUUGAAAACAGUGACGACGAUAAUGAUAAUUUAUAUAAAUGUAUGCAAUGGUAACUUAAAUACAUGCUUGUUAAGUUUUUAAAAAGAAGAAAGAAAUGUUUUAAUAAAAAUUUAAUUAGCGUAUUUUUACUUCAUUAGAGAUUAAUUCAUAAAUUAAACAAGUAUAUAGGAGAACUGUUGUUUCAAUUGUAAAUAUG